AUGGAAAGAAUGAAAAGGGGGGGUGUGUCCUCCAAUUACCAGAGUAUUGUUAUUGGAAAAAACACUGGAAGUCUUCCAAUCCGUUCCAGGAGCUUCCUAAAACGCCCUGGGCGUGGAUCUGAAAUACCUUCUGCUCAAGCUAGCCAGCCCCAAAUUUAUGAAGAGGAAACGGAUAUGGAAUUGUUCGAACCAAUGAAGUGCGCAGUAAAGUUCCAUGAGCCAAGGGCCUCCACGGCACCUGUCUUAUUGGAAGGCAAGGCUGCACUGGGUAUCAAACCAGGAACUAUUGGAGAAUUGGAGUCUCUAGAAGGUACCCCAAGAAGAUUGAUGUUCCUAGUAAAAUAUGUUGAGGAUGAAAUACCUAGUAGUAAGGUUAAUACAAGUAAUAAUCCAAAUCAGCCUCAAGUUUCAAUUCAAACUGGCUCUUUACAAGAAUUACUAAUGUUAAAGAGGGGUUCUCCAGUUCUUCUUCGAUUGAGAAAACGUAAAGAUGCGGAAGCAGAUGUUGUAGAGCUGAGAAUCAAAGAUGUGCAUCUUUCACGAGGUGAUAUGUGGUGUUUAUCAUCAACGCUUGCCGGCACUUGCGUUUAUAAGCAUGAAAAAAAGUCAUUUAUUGACAGCUCUAUCCGAACCACAGUGAGCAAAAUAUACGUCGGAGGAAGAUCCGUGUUUUCAGCCUAUGUCGGAAAGAAUACACGGAUUGUUUUCAGGUCAGAGUCUGUAAAACUGGUCAUAUUAAUCCAAAUUUCCAGCGAAAUGUGGGAUUUUGAAGAGACUGGGCAACAAAUGUUCAACAAAUUGAUAAACUCAUUGUUUCCAAAAGUAUUUAGCAAGUGGACUGAAUUGGGUGCCCACCAUCUAAUCACUAUUGUCUUAUUUAGUAGCAUUGACUUGGGUAACAAGUCUUGGUCUUUAUUAGGAUCAGGAGACAGACCACCAGAUAGAAAAGACUAUUACAGGGUAGUAGUAGACCAGGUAAGCAUCCUUUUGUGGAGUGAAAUAAUGAGUGCCUUACGUUUUGAAUUUGCCAAUUUUAUGAAGGAUAUUAUGCUGAGGGAAAAUAAGGCUCCCUGCAAGACUGAUAGGAAUGAAGAGUAUGUCAUACAAGGUAGGUUCUUACCAGCAGUAAAAGGAAACUUAAUCGAGGCAAUAAACCUGGCCACUACACUUGUUACUGAUCAUUUCAGGGAUCCAGAGCUCAGAUAUACUUCAAACCAUUUUAUUUUAAUUUCACCAGGAACUGGAAUCUACGACGUGGAUUACAAUUUGAUGGCUCAUACUAGCAAGAAAAUGGCAAAGGUAGAUGCAGCCAUAGAUGUUAUAUGUCUGAGUCAACCACCAUUGCAUGUUGUACCACUUUUCAGGUACAAAGAAUCUAACUCGAAAAUUCGACAUUGUAUACCGACCUGGUUGGAUGUAAGUUUCUGGAAUGAUUCUUCACAGUAUAUUAGCCAAUGGAUGCCAAGAUGCAAAAUAUAUGAAAUUCAAAUGAUGGGAGUAGUGGAAAAUGAAUUAAAAACCAUUAAUCUUCCGAACCUACGAAUUAACCCGAAUAGUAAGUCUAUCAAUGAAGUCAUAGAUAAAUAUGACGAAGAUGUCUUUAAACCAGCCUCUCCUCACACUACAGAAGUAAAGAAAAUACCACUUCAUCUAAGCCCUGAAGUAUUGCAAGUUCCCAAAAAGAACUCACCAAGCACUGAGACGUUCAAAAUUAAUCAGACGAAAGAGUGUCAGCCAUCAACGAUUGAUGUGAAAGCUUUAGGUACUACAAACAGCAGAUUAGGCAUCUCAGCAAGGUCAUCUCUGCUAAACUUUAUCAAUGACGAUUCAAAGUCAGGGAUCGGCAACUUUAUUAGGGAAAGAAUAUCUUCACUUCCGGCCUCUUUGGUUCGAGUAAAAAGUGCAGAAUUUGAUAAAGAAGAGCCCAAAACGCAGACCGUCAGGCCAGUAUCAAUGUUUACUAUGAAGGAAGAUACAAUAAAAUCAAAAAGUAUACAACCUCCGAGGAGGUUAGAAAAGGUAGUCAAGAAAGUUGAAAGUACAACUCAAUCCCCACCAUCGUUAACUAGAACUAAUAGUUCGGUCAGUGUACCAGAGGAUGUUAACUCCCAAAGAGAUGAUAAGUUGAGUCCUUACUGGACAACUGUUCAGAAUCCCAGCAAAGCUUUAACCUCAGAACUCUUAAAGAUGAUUGGUUAUGGAAGAUGGCAACACGUUUUUCCAUCAAAGGUUAAGAGAAGGGCUGUCAAGUGGUCCUCAUUAUCAACCCCUGCUUCUCUCCCUCUCACGACACAGGUUUUUCCUAGGCUUUCUGACUUUGAGUCUAAUUUCACUUUCCAGAUUUAUGAUGUUAUCCUUAAUAACAAUGAUACAAAAAUAAACACUGGAGAUCUAAUCAGAGAGAUGAUAUAUCUGAGACUGGUUCUCGGAUUCCAAAUCUGCACUGGGGAGAAGGUAGAUACUGUUGAGUCACGAAGGAAACCUGGAGGAGAUCCGAAUUUGUUGAUCAAGUAUCUGGAUAAACAUAGCUAUCACGGGUCCAGAAUAUACAUGAUACUGGAGGAUGAAAUCCACAGAAUCAGUUGUGAUUAUCACGGAAAGGCAAAUGUGCAAUUGUAUCGCCGAUCCAAUAAAAGCAUCAAUGUUAAAGCAGAAGACGUUGGAUCUUACUUCAGCAACAUAAGAACCAGAUACGAUGAUCUUUAUCGACCAUCAGUAGUUGAUUGCUUCAAGAAUGAGAUCAAAUCCUAUAAUUGGAACCAAUUGGAUCAAAUUUUGGCUGGCUACUAUGAGUCUGUGGAUGAAGAUCAAAAGUACUAUCAUAAAAUGAAAUUUGUAAUACUUCCAGCCGAUAUUCCGGAGAAAUCUUAUGCUUUUAAGCUGAAUGAAAAUAAAGAAAAAUUGAGCCCGGAAGAACUGAGAUUAGAAGGUCUUCGCAAACUGAUUGCUACAAUACACAAGGGAAGACAUGUUGCAGAACAGGAUAAAACUAAACAAGCUAAGAAAGAAGAAAUUCUCCCAGAGAUCAACUUUUACACUGGCGAUCUGUUCACAUUUUUGAGCAAGCAAUCCGAAGUCUACGAUCCAGAUAAACCACAUAAAAACACUAUGCUCGUUGAAAGUUUAGGGCUUAACACUAACAUUUCAAUGAAGCAAUUAGCACAUUAUUUGCAGUCGAAGGACGGAAUUGUUUUAGCUGAUAGAAAAUGGCAUUUCCGAAUUCACCGUCAUUGUUUUGUUGGUUUGGAAUUGGUUAGUUGGAUGAUUGAGAAUUUCAAUGACAUCGACUCUCGUGAAGAAGCCGAACGAUAUGGGAAUAAGCUAAUGAACAACGGACUGUUCAGUCACGUCGAGAAGCGUCAUAGUUUUCUUGAUGGUCACUAUUUUUAUCGUCUGAACAGUGAAUACGUGGAGAAGGUUGAACCAGGAAAUACUAGUAUUAAAACCAGAGAAUCCCGCUCAAAUUCGAUAACUGAUAGUUCCAAGUUAAAAUCUCCCAUGUUGUCUCCCCAAACAACUAGGGAACGAUCUGGUACGAUCACCGAUUCACCAUUGAAGAAGGUCACCAGUAAAACUACUGAUGGAGCACCAAAGCGGUUUAUGUUGAGUCGAUUCGUCAUUUACGACGUUGAUCAACAGAAGAAAUCAUAUCGUAGGGAGUUGGUCAAAGUCCACUACGAUAGAGUGCACAAUCCAGAGCAUUGUUUCCAUAUCCGUCUUGAGUGGCUGAAUACAACAACGAAGUUGAUUGAAGAUACAGUAAACAGUUGGACAAGGUUGUGCGAACGAUAUGGGUUGAAGUUUGUGGAAACCCCAUGGGCUGAGCUUUGCAGCAUGCCUGAAAAAAAUCCAUUCCAUUCAUUCGUCACGAUUAGACUGGCUUUAAAUCCAUGGAACGAAAAGGAGUUUACUCCAGAGGACAACAAUCCCUUAGACGAAAACAAAUUUUUCUACCAUCUUUAUUUAUUAGACAAAUCGGGCUUUAUGCUGGACAAUCGUACAACUAUUUUCUUUACCAAAGUGGAGAUAAAUGUUGCAUACUCAUGGGGAACGCCAGAAUUCAAGUUUGCCCAGUUCAUCCAUAAAACUGGAGCUUAUAUUGCAGAGAUUAGAGAUAACGGAGAUCUGUUUCUAGCUCCGAACAACACACAUGUUGCUAGAGUGAAUAUGGACAUCAGCAACAAUAAUAUCUACCAGCAACAAUCGAAUUAUGGAACAUAUUUGGACAGUCAAAGGGUUAUGCUGGAAUUUCAAUCCACAUGUGGGGAUGCAGAAAAGUUGCGAAAACUAUUCAACGAGGCUAGAGUAAAGUGGGAAAAAAGCCGUGACAUUGACCAAGCCAUAUUUGGCAGCUGA